AUGCCAAUCAACAAGUUCUCUGCCAAGUCCCUGGACCUUGAUGUCCCCGACAAGCCCCUCAUCUUCGUGGUAGAGGGUCGCUACCAGAACUGGAUCAAACCAAUCAUGUUGCUCGAGUGUCUUGGGGUCGAUUACGACGCUGCAUGCCUCGAUGGGCCUACGACCAGGACUGAUUGGUAUACCAGAAUUCAUCCCCAGCGAUACGUCCCGGCCCUGAUCGACUCUGAGAAUGGCCAGCGUGUGUCGUCUUGGGAUAGCUCCCAGAUUCUCCAGUACCUGGCCAGCAAAUACGACACUGAGAAAAUGUGGAAUGGGCAAAAUGCAGCCGAAAGCCUGGAAAUUGGUAACUGGCUGACCUUUGAAACGGCAUCUCUUGGGUGCGUGAUACACUGUUCCUUCACAGACAAGGGGCGCAGUCAAACUUACAUCCAUAGGCCUACUGCAAAGUAUUGGGUGUGGUAUGCAAUCCGCCAGCCCGAGGAGCAAAAUCCCAAGGCGCAGGAAAAGAUGUACAAAGACUUGAGGACGCAGUAUGGCAUCCUUGACAAACACCUGUCGCAGCCAGGCCAGAAGUGGAUCGGCCUGAAGGACCGGCCGACGAUCGUAGACCUGGCCAUCUACCCAUUUGCGGACGAUCCAACCAUGGAACGAAUGGGUAUUGACAAGCAUGACUUUCCGGCCUUGAAGGCAUGGAGUGAUGAGCUAGCAAAGGUUCCAGGGGUGGCCAAAGCGUAUGCAGACUUAGAUUCACGCAAAGUGAUUCACAUUGAAGAAUGA